CGAAACUCAGAGUCAACAUCUGCCAUGUAUAAACAAGUUUGGAGUGCUAGAGGUGGGAAGCAUAUAAGAGUAUUGUCCUCCUUUCUAGUUGAGACUCAUCACGACCCACUCGCUCAAUACCUUCCUGUGCAUAUUUCGCCACCCGCUUCUUUAACAUCCCUUCCUAAUUCGAAAAAAACUUCAUACACAACUCCAAAAUGCGUUUCUCCCACCUCGCCGUCUUCGCCCUCAGUGGCCUGUCCCUUGCUAGCCCGGUUGUACAACAGAAGCGUCAAGAAAGCAGUGUAGAGUCCCUGCUCACCGAUCUCUUCGCCACUGUACAAAUCUACACGGGAGCCAUCAAUGCUACCCUUGCUCCGCUCUCGACUUCUUCUUCUAUUCUUGAAAAGACUGCCGCCAUCCCCCAAGUAGGCGAGCAACUCAACAAGAUCACCGCGGCUAUUACUUCCACCACGUCUGAGAUCCGCGAACUCGCUCCUGCGAACGCCACACAGCCUAUGGUGCCAGCCAACGGAAACGAAAAGCGCUCCUCCACCGAUGUCGACGCGUCUCAGCCCAAAGAGAAGCGCCAACUGAUUGCUGUGGGCGCUCUCCUUGCUCUCAUCAUCGUUGAGAUUUUCGCUACGAUUACGGCUGCCGUUGCAAUUCUGGGUCUCGCUGGACUAUUGAUUUUCAUCAACCCGUUGACGAGUGCGCUGGGUUUGUUGAUCUUGGCGGUACAGUUGGUGCUUAAUGUUGUGUUGGCGGGCGUUAUUGCGCUGCUAAACAGUCUGCUUGCUGCUUUGGCGCUGGGUCUCAGUGGCUUGUAAGGGGAAGGAAUGCUAGAGGAUACAAGAAGCGUGUUUGCAUAUGUAUUACUG